GAUUGUAAUAUAGUACUAUUUUAUUUUACUAAAUGUAGAACUUGAUGCUCGAAGUUAUUAACAGUUGCUAAAGAAAAGGAACAACAGUCAGUAUAUAGGGUAUAGAUGAAAAUUGCUGUCAUGUGGACGUGUCUUUUUCAAUCUGUUGGUACAUUUAUUAAAUAGUAUUGAAGAUAGAUGAUACAUAUGUAUUGUGUUUAGAAAAAUUAUAAAAACGUGAAGACGUAGAUAAAUUGAUCGUGAGAAUGCGAUGCCAGCACGUAGACGACACGUUGGUUCCGAGAUAGACAAUGGUUUCGUGAUUACAACCUCAAACAGUCCCUGGCAGGGCAAUACCAUAAUUCAACUGUAUAAUCAUGAAAGUGAAGGGUGUGAUUUAACGGAAAACGAAAAAAAGAAAGCAGACAUACCAGCGACAAUGACGUCGCGCGACAGGACCAAUGAAUUUGUUAAUGCCAUCCGGAUGAUGCAAAGCAGGACCGUGACACGAACGGCUGUUUUGCAGAAUCCUCGUCGAGCACGUCAAUUACAGAGCUAUUCAAAUUUUAUGAUGAUAGCUAAGAGUAUUGGCAAAAAUAUAGCAAGCACAUAUACCAAGUUAGAAAAACUUGCUUUAUUGGCAAAGAGGAAGUCUAUAUUUAAUGACAGACAAAUGGAAAUUGAUGAAUUAACAAAUAUCAUAAAAACAGACUUAAAAAGUUUAAAUCAUCAAAUAGGAAAGUUACAAGAACUUGGAAAAAAGCAACGAGAAGGGUAUGGUGCAUCCCAAAGUCAUCAUAUGACCUCACAUUCUUCUUCCAUUGUAAUGACUUUACAAUCAAAGCUGGCAAAUAUGUCAAAUCAUUUUAAGAGUGUAUUAGAAGUCAGGUCAGAGAAUAUGAGAGAGGAACAAAGUAGAAGACAGCAAUUUACUCAAGGUUCUGUAUCUACAAUGUUACCUCCAAGUGUUGCUGGAAAACAGAGUUCAUUGUUGCUUCAAGAACAAGAGACUCCUUUAUCUACAGUUAUAGAUUUAGAACCAGCAAUGGGACAAUUAAUGUUACAGCAAGGAAUUCAAGAUGAUACUGUUACAUAUGCUCAAUCAAGAGCAGAAACAAUGCAGAGCAUAGAAUCUACUAUAAUUGAACUCGGAGGAAUUUUUCAACAAUUAGCGCACAUGGUUAAAGAGCAAGAAGAAAUGGUGGAAAGGAUAGAUAGCAACAUUGAAGAUACGGAAUUAAAUGUGGAAGCAGCACAUGCGGAAAUUUUAAAAUACUUUCAAUCUGUAACGAAUAACCGAUGGUUAAUGAUAAAAAUAUUUGCAGUGCUUAUAUUUUUCUUUAUAUUUUUUGUAGUGUUUUUGGCAUAAAACAAUUAUUAUUAUUAUUAUUAUUAUUAUUAUUAUUAUUAUUAUUAUUAUUAUUAUUACACAUAUUCCUUCAUGCAACUUUGUAGUUGACCAUUCAUAUCCAUUUGUGAUAUAAAUUGAUCAAAGAGCGAGAUGAAUUUUUAUAAAACUAUGACUCACUAGCUGUAGAAUAAUAAUAUGUUCAAUUGCAUUCCUCGAACUCUUUGUUGAAUUGUGAAUACUGUAAGUAUCGAUAAUUAAAAAAUAUGUCAGUGUAGAUUAAAACUACAUUGUUAUUUGUGAACUGUAAAAAAGAAGCUAUGGGUAAUAAAUGUAUAAUUUUCAA